CGCUCCUUCCGGCCCUUCCACCAUCCCGCUCGCACCAGCGUGAAGGAGUCGUCGUCGCCUCACAAUGUCUAGGACUCUACCUCCCGAGAACCCUCUGCCAACUACAGAGCCGGAGCCGGUCUACGCGGAUGAUAAGAAUGGGCAUGUCCUUGACGAGGAUAUUCCUGUGGUCAUGCCGUUGAGUGACGAUGAACCAAUUGUGACGAGGAGGGAGCUUUGGAGUUAUUAUCUGUACUACAACGGUGACAAUGGUGUCGGUCCUAAUGGCUACUCUAUGACCCUCUUCCAAUCUCUCGCCAAUGCCGCUGGUUAUGAUCCUGUCCGUGGUGUGGGUACAUCUUGCAGCGACGCAGACGCAUCUGGGCAGUGUGUUCUACCAUGGGGAAGCGGCACCAAGUCUGUUAGCUCAGUUGUUCUUGUCGCCAAUGGCGUCAGUUUCGCUGUCAUGACCGCCAUCUUUACGACCCUGGGCUCAGCCGGAGACUACGGCACAUUCGGUCGUUGGCUCCUUCUCAUCAUCACCGUAAUUUGUUGGGCAGCUCAGUUCGCCAGUAUGGCCCUCACCUCAUCGACACGAUGGGGUGCAGCCAUGGCCUUGUAUAUGGUUGGUUUUAUCUCUUACGGCGCGACGCUCGUCUUCUACGCCGCCGUCUUCCCUCGUCUCGCGCGUAAUACGCCACAUGCGAGACAGUUGAAGGAAAAGUACGAAAACGGAGAUAUUUCUGCGGAGGUGUAUGAGCAGGAGGAGAGUUUGGAGAAGAACAGGAUCUCCAACAUGAGCACGAUGCACAGCAAUAUCGGUUACAUCUGUACUCUGGCGCUGAACCUGUCACUCUUGCUCCCUCUGGCCGACAACCCGAAGGUAGACAACUACGUUAUCGUCCUAACGAACAUAUACUGGGUCAUUCUUGGUAUCUGGUGGUUCAUCUAUCAGCAGCCUCGGCCUGGACCUGCCCUACCCAAGGGAGAAAACUACGUUACCGUGGGCUGGAAGCAGAUCUGGAUCGCCCUCAAGCAGUAUAAGAAGCUUCCCUACACCUUCAUCUACCUCUUCUCCUUCUUCUUGCUCGCGGAUGGCCUCAACACAACCGGAACGCUCAUAUCAAUCUGCCAGAAUGACAAGUUCAACUUCUCAUUCCUCACGAACACCUAUAUCGGUCUUGCACAGGCUGUCACGUCUACCAUUAGCACCCUCGGGUUCUGGUAUAUCCAGAGAUACUGGAAAAUCAGCACGAAGAAGAUGUUCGUCGUGACGAACGUCGUUACGAUCCUCAUCCCGCUAUGGGGUAUGAUCGGGAUUUGGACUCAGAAGUUCGGAUUCCACAACGCAUGGGAGUUCUGGGCAUACAAUGUCGUCUUCGGUCUUUUCCAAGCACCUUACUAUGCCUUCUCUCAAACGAUGAUGGCUGAACUCACACCGCCCGGCUUCGACAACAUGUUUUUCGGUCUCUUCGGUCUCUCCAACCGCGCCUCAUCCAUGAUUGGCCCCAACGUCAUCCAAGCCAUCAUCGACAACUCCGGCGACAACUGGAAAGGUUUCCCCUUCCUGUUUGCUCUAUGCACUGCUGCGAGUAUCGUCAUCUGGUUCGGCGUGGACGUAGAGAAGGGCAGAAGGGCGGCUGUCAGGUGGUCGGAGGAGCAGAGGGGAGCUUACAAGGCUAGGGCUGAGAAAGCGGGACAGAUCGAGGGAGCAGAUGCGAAGUUGAAGGAUAUUUAGAGGACGGUGUGCGGGCAGGGUUGAGUUUGUUUAUUAUUCCUUUGGCUGUAUGGUUUCGUGGCGUCUUUUUUGAGACGUCUUGGGUUAUGAAUUUCACGAUGAUUCCGUUCGG